GAGAUGAUCUUCCGGGGCACGGACACGACAGCGCUGUUGACGGAGUGGACCAUGGCGGAGCUGGUGCUCCACCCGGAGGUUCAGGCCAAGCUCCGCCGCGAGAUCGACGCCGUCAUUGGCCGCGACCACGUGCCGACGGACGCCGACGUCGUGCGGAUGCCCUACCUCCAGGCCGUGAUCAAGGAGACUUUCCGCAACCACCCGCCGGGACCCCUGCUCUCCUGGGCCCGCCUCUCCACCGACGACGUCCACCUAAGCAACGGUAUGCUUGUCCCCGCCGGAACCACUGCCAUGGUCAACAUGUGGGCCAUCGCGCACGACGCCAAGGUGUGGGCCCGGCCGGACUGCUUCGAGCCGGAGCGGUUUGUGGACGCCGAUGGCGGAGCCGACGUCGACGUGCGGGGGGGUGACCUACGGCUAGCGCCCUUCGGGGCCGGCCGCCGUGUCUGCCCCGGCAAGAACCUGGGCCUGGCAACCGUGGGUCUCUGGGUGGCGCGGCUGGCCCACGGGUUCGAGUGGGCCCCCGUCGAUGGCGCCGCGGUGGACCUCGGUGAGGUGCUCAAGCUGUCACUGGAGAUGAAGACUCCCCUCACUGCCGCUGCCACACCAAGGGAGAACGUCGUUGGGGUGCUCUAGUUCACAUGAAGAGUCUUCAGAUAUAGAAGCUAGUCGAUGUUGUUAAGGGGCUCCAAUUUUGGGUUGACGGUAUCAUGGAGUCUGGUUUACUUCUGUUUGCUUGUUAAUUUUAGUUGUGUAACCAAAACUUCCACAUAGUUUGUAACGGAUGGUAGUUGUACUGUAGUAGUAGUAGUG